CUCACUUGGUACAGCACAGGAGAAGAGGACCUCGACGAUGUCACUUGACAAGCAUAUUUCCUUUGGUUAUUCACGAGUCGCAGGGAGAAGACGUCGACAACGCCUACCUGAGAACGAAAAUCGAGCCGAAGCAGUAUUUCGGAACGGUAUCAUUCCCGGGGCGAUUUGUGUAUGCGAAGCGAUAAGACGCAGGUGCUCGCUUUUCCACCUUCUGACCCAAUCCACAUUGUGGGAGCACCAUGGAUCCAGAACGAAACUUGCCUUACACCUCCAUUGAGCACUCCACUCAGCUCCAAGUCCAGCAACGGCAGCCUUCGCCAUCGUCACUGGGAUUUGCAGACAACGGAGGUCGUCCACAGACUCAAUCAUCAGCGACUGAGAAGCCCCUACUUGGCAGUGUCAGUUCACAGGAACAUUCACCGGCUCGUGGUCGCAAUGACCCAUAUGCAGAUUUUGAGCCCGUCCCUCAGGCUCCUCCAGCUACGAGAAGCCGGGACGGUCAUAUGAUGCGUGGAUCGUCGCGGCGCGCAGUUGUGUCAGGCCAGGCUCCUGUCAGUGCUUCUGGCCUUGGCUGGAUAGUGCCUGUCGAGGAGAAACCUCACGUUUGUGUUGCUCCCUCUUCUUACUUUGCAUUGAUCCUUAGCCUGACCCUACAGCAACGAACCAUAGGAGAGCGACUCGAUCCAAGUAUUGUCAACGCGGAGAGGGAGAGGGCACAAUACGCCACAAAAGCAAAAAUAACAGGCUACGCGUUGAACAUCGCGAUAGGUUUACAAGUUUUGCUUGGGGCGCUCACUACGGGUCUUGCGGCGGCAUUGUCUGGUAAGCAGGUUUCUAUCGGUACCACUAUUCUUGGUGGCAUGUCGACUUUAGUUGCUUCCUACCUCGCUCGGACAAGGGGAUCAAAUGAACCAGAAUUAUCCAUCACUCGUGUAAAGGACCUAGAUCAAUUUUUAAGAGACUGCCGGUCCUUCAAAAUGGACCACGGACAUGAAUAUGGAACAGCUGAAAAUGGGCUGAAUGAUGAACUCGAGCAUCUCAGGAAAAGGUUCGAAGAACUUCUUGGAAAUGGUGAUGGGCAGCGGAAGCUUUCCCCGCCUGUUAAGGCGGCUGGUGUAUGAUAUGUCCAACCGUCUUUCUAGUAAUUCAUCCACAAGCCGAUGUGUAGACCUCUCUGAAAUAGUAUCUAACAUUACUUUACCGUCCCGAAACACUCAUUGCAGAUGAUGAUUCUUGCUGGCAU